CUGACAGGGGAGAGAUCUGUGUUGUUUACUUACAGUUCUCCCCCUCUGCCUGCAGCAGUAUAUAUUGGGGGUUAUAUAAAAUCCACUUCCCGGCCACCCUAUAGCAGAAGUACUGCUUCACACAACAAAACACAACACAGCACACAGUUAACCCUUUGAUCGCCCCUCAUGUUAACCCCUUCCUGCCCAGUGCCAUUAGUACAGUGUCAGCUUUUUAUUAGCACUGAUCACUGUAUUGGUGUCAUUGUCAGUGACACCAAGUCAGUUCCCUCCAGUGUCAGAAUGCCCGCCGCAGUCCCGCUAUAAGUCGCUGA